UUUGUUUGUUUUUUUUGUACUAAUCUCACCCAUUUAAACAUAAUGGGUUUUCCCCUGUGAAUCGGUGGUUAGACUGGAGUGCUCACUGGUUUGACUAUUACUCGUAAACUGAAACUCAGGAGUCUUUGCUAAAUGUCAAAACUGGUAUUGGCGCCAUGAUGGAGGCGGAGUGCAUUUAUGAGCUGGUAAAGGUGUGAACCCCGCAGCAAGGAGUCGACACAAACACAGUCAGCGGGAGAGAAGAAUGGCUCGGAAUGUUGACUGCGACCUGGGCCACCCCCUCAUGGAAGCUGGGCUGGAGAGCCCAGCAGAUGAGGAAGGUGUUCAUGACUCAUUCCACCAGCUAAUAGCAGAGCAGAUUCACAACGGAGGCCUGGGCGAAGCCUUUGAACUACAGCAACUACAGAAAGAACUGGAUGAGGAGAGCCGAGACUGUGUUGCCCAGCUGUCCAGCCCUGGAUCAGAGCGCAGUGAGCGGAGACGGUUGGGAAUGCAGCACAAUGAAAGAGAAUCUGACCCUUUCACUGGUGAACGAUGGUCUUCAGCCACCUUGAAGAUCUUGUCCUCCAUGCCCAGCCGCACCAUCGGCCGCAGCAGGGGAGCCAUCAUCUCUCAGUACUACAACAGGACCAUGCAGCUUCGGAGACGCAAGCAGAGCAGGCCCUCAAUCCAAGACUUCUCACGCUCGGCUAGACCGACCAUACGAGGUUACGGCAUCGAGACAGACAGUGCAGACGCAGAGAUAAAUAAAAGGGAUCGUCUGGUGAAUAACUUGCAGAACCUCUCCGUAAGCGACAGAGUCAGGAUGCUCCGGGCUAUGCCUCUAAGUGUGGCAGAAAAGAGUGAACUCAGAAGGUUAGCUUCGCAAAAGGAGAGACGCACUCCGUCUGGCAAUCAGAUCCCCUGCUGCAGCCGACUCAAAUAUUAUGUCAUCAUUGCCGCAAGACAGAGUUGGUACAGUUGGCUGUCUUUCGUGCACUCACUCCAGUUGUGGCAGGUGGCACUCAAGCGAGUGAGCGGCCGUUUUGGCAGCGGGGUCCUGUCCUACUUCCUGUUUCUCGAGACUCUACUCUUCUUCAACCUCUUCCUCUUUCUGCUGACCGGUUUAUUCGUAGUGCUUCCUCAGGCAGUGCACCCUCCAGCUCUGUCCGAGGACAGACACUCUUUCACUGGACUGGAGCUUUUUACCGGAGCAGGAUAUUUCUCGGACACAGUGAUGUACUACGGGUACUACUGUAACUACACGCUGCGUAUGGAUUGCGGAAAUGAAAUUGAAGGGCAAUAUACAUCCGUGUCCAUUGGAACCAGUUCGGACUGCACGUUGAAGCAUCUACCUUACAAGAUGCCACUUGCCUAUUUCUUUACUAUAGGCAUGGCAUUCUUUGUCACAUGUAUCAUCCUUGUUUACAGCAUGUCAAAGUCAUUUGGUCGAAGCUUCCGAAUUGACAAAUCUCAUAGCAUCCUGGCCAUGAAAGCCUUCUGCUCCUGGGACUUCAAGGUCAUCAAGAAAUCUUCCAUUAAACUCAUGUCUGGGAAUAUCUGCACCCAGCUCAAGGAGCUGCUAGCAGAGGUGAAUCAUAAACACUCGCCCAAAACACUGUACCAGAAGCUGUGGCGAGUGGCGGUCCACUGUCUGGCGUGGGCUAUAUGUGUAGCAAGCACCACCGCUUGUGUGCUCUCCAUCUACUUCUUCUCUGAAUACAUGCACCAGAAUCUCCAGCAAAGUUCUCGCAGUGUGACCAAGGACCCCUUGCUGAACGAGGCCAGCCUCUUGGCUCUCCCCGUGGUGGUGUCCUGUAUCAACUUGCUGCUGCCUAUUAUGUUCAACCUGGCUGCAUGGAUGGAGGACUAUGAGUCACCAUCCGUCCGCACAUAUGUUGCCAUUGGCAGAAACUUGAUGUUAAAAAUGAGUGUGCUUGGAGUACUUUGCUACCAUUGGCUCGGUCGAGUGGCUGCUGAUCCAAACAGUAUCGGCCUCAAGUGCUGGGAGAGUUUUGUUGGUCAAGAACUUUAUCGCUUCCUGUUAAUGGAUUUCAUUUUUACUCUGCUCGACAUCUUGUUUGGAGAGUUUCUUUGGAGGUUGUUUUCACAUAAGGUGCUGAAGAAGAACAGGAAACCAGUGUUUGAUAUUGCCAAGAAUGUUCUCGAUCUCAUCUAUGGGCAAACACUGGCCUGGCUCGGCGUUCUCUUCACUCCUCUGCUGCCUGCGGUGCAGAUACUGAAACUUCUGCUGCUUUUUUACAUUAAAAAGAGCAGUGUGAUGAUGAACUGUCAGGCCCCCAGUAGGCCGUACAGAGUAAGCCAGAUGACCACCAUCUUCAUCACUCUCCUCUGCUUCCCCUCCUACCUCGGGGCCUCUGUGUGUGUCACCUACACCAUGUGGAGUAUCAAGCCCUCUUCGUCAUGUGGUCCCUUUCGUGAUCUCAAAACAAUGUUUCAGGCUGGAAAGCGUUGGGUGGAGGAUCUAGAAAAGGAAAACCCCAAUUUAUCAAUGCUGGCCAGGGCUCACUCCUAUCUGGUGGAGAACCCGUUCUUCCUGUUUGUGGGAGCAGGCAUCUUCUUGUUCGUACUCAACACUGAAAAUAUUGUAUCACUGUAUACAGAUGUUAUUGUGAUAGUCAAACACAACAGAACUGUAUUUGCAAUAGAUGGCUGGUCAUAUUUUUGUGUAUUCUGCAAUGCUAUUCUUGAUUGGAGACACAAUAUGUUCUUCCCAUCAGGAUCGUCAUCUAUUUCCACAGUCAAGUGGUGGAUGGUCAAAGGAAGAUCAUCGGCCUACUACAAGAGCAGAUCGAGAAUGAAGGAGAAGACAAGAAGUUUCUCAUCACUCGCCUGCAGUCCAUCCAUGAGCAGAGACGAACCCCCACUCGGAGGUUCACAAGCCAGGAUUCUGCCUACUGAGACACCAACUACUGUAAUCAAGCAGGCAAGCUUCCUUCAGACCUGGAGGCCUUUUAACUGGAAAAAUCACUUGACAAGGGUAGUGGAAUCUGACCAAAAUUCAAAUGUGUAAAGCAUUUGUUAAACUGGACAUAGGCUUAUUUGAUGAGGACAGGCUCUGUGGGGAAAAGGAGAUUGAAACAAAGGUUUUGGCAUAGGUAAAAAACCUGAACUCACAUGCUAGUAAGCCAAAGUAAUGAACUGUAUAAGUGAUCAGGUAACUGAUUUGUUAAUUCGUUUUUUUAAAACCUUGUAGGUGCACUUUCAUAAGUACUGUGAACUGUUUUUAUUAUUAUUAUUUUAGCUCUUGUGUGAAAAAUAUACAGUGCUCUUUUUUUACGUUAUGGUAUAAUUUUACAAGUGUGUGUGCUGUAGGCAACUGGAUUAUCUUUUGUCAUUUGUAUGUUUUUAGAGUUAUAAUUCUUUAGUUAUACACAUCAAAAUUAAAUUAUAUUUUAUACA